AUCCUGUUCGGAGUGAAGAGGGUCAUUGCCGACUAGUACCCAAUGAAUUCAACCACUGCCUUUGUCAUACAGUAGGCUGAACAUAUGUAGUAAUGAAGGACAUUUUCCAGUGAGAGCUUCUUCAGUACAAAUCGGAGUCGUGAUGCUGACCAAAAUUCGUGUUUUAAUUUUGGUUCUGCUCAGCUUGCUGAGAGCAUUCGCCAAGACAGAGAUGAAGAGGGUAGUGGGUGACAAUGCCACACUACCUUGCUACCAUAAGCUCUGGCAGGCCAACCCUGCAACAAUUGAUAUUGAGUGGCUCUUGGUGAAGCCCAACUUUAAACAGACUGUGGUGAUCACAUAUUUUGCAGGCCAGGUGUUUGACCCCAAUGAGAAUGAAGUGAGUCGUACAUCUUUCGUAGCAGACUACCUUAGAGGUGACGCCUCACUUCUGAUCAGUGACCUGUCACUGUCUGAUACGGGGGAAUAUACUUGCAAGGUGAAGAAUGGGGGGAAGUAUCACUGGAGCACGGUCAACCUCCUCGUGCUUGUGAAGCCGUCAAAGCCCCAAUGCUGGACGGAGGGCCAAAUUCUAGAGGGCAAUGAUGUGACAAUGAGCUGUAAAUCCACAGAAGGUUCUGAUCCCAUUCGGUACAACUGGGAGAGAGUGGUGGACGAAGAGAAAUAUGUAGGAAAGCUACCUUCAUUGGCAAAAAAAGAUUUGAAAACUCCUGAGAUUCUGACCUUGAGAAACGUGACCAAGGACAGCGCUGGGUGGUACAAAUGUACGGCUAGCAAUGAUGCUGGAGAGGAGAGCUGCAUUGUGGAGGUCAAGUUGCACUAUGUCCGGGGUAUAGGGGUGUUGGCUGGUGCACUGGUGGGAGUAUCUUUUGGGCUCCUUCUCCUCUUUCUCAUUGUCUGGACUGUCCUCUGUACUAAAGAAAAGAAAUAUGAGGAAGAGGAGACUCCUAACGAAAUCAGAGAGGAUGCUGAAGCUCCCAAGGUGAAGCUUGUGAAGCCAAACUCUCUUUCAUCAUUCCAUUCUGGCAGCACUCACUCCGGGACGUCUUCUACGCAGUCUAUUGUGCACCACAGUGGCCUCGUGUCACCGCCGCUCGUGGUUGAACAGGCAGCCAACUUCCCCCAGCAUCCUCCUGGCUAUGGCCAAGUGGUCCUUAGAAUUCCAGAGCCAAGCUCUCCAACGAUGUACUCAGCCAACCUGGUCAGAAUGGGUGGUAUGCCUGUCAUGAUCCCUGCUCAAACACAGGCCGUCCAAACGGCAUAGAAGUUCAGGCUAAAAAAAUAUAAUAAUAGACAUCCAGCAACAUCAAGAUAAAUAAACAGUACGACUUGCUAGAGACUGAACUAACGGAACUCAGUCAGCUAAAAUAACUCUUGGUUGAUUGACAGUGUUUUACCCGUGGCACGGGGACAUUUUUUGUCAGGGUUUUGAUGGACAUGAUGUGUAAAGUCAGUUGGAAUCUCCAAACAUGUUUUUGAUUCUUAAAAUGCUGCGGCAGCGCAAACAAGGCAAGCUGCAUCACGGGCUAUGCUAGAGUUGCUAUGUUACGGGCUAUGCUACAGUUGCUAUGUUACGGGCUAUGCUACAGUUGCUAUGUGACACUAGUUCCAAACAAACAAACGUUGCUUCACUGUCUAUAUGUCUACAGUCCUUCCUUACACCCGGGCAAACAAGGAAGCCAUGAGGAAAAUCUUUCUUUCGAUCAUGUGACCCAAAGGCCAUAAUAAUACCAGAACACCUGACAGGGAAAGAGAUAUAAUGGAUAAUAAUACAAAUACAAUAAUAAAAAAGAUGGAGAUGGAAAAUAUGUUCACUCAGAUGGGUACACCUUGGCACUACAGUAGUUUGGUUGGUUUCCUCUCUCUUUUAAUAUGUGUUGCCCAACCCUUUUCCUAAGGAUGUCUCAUUUGAUUGGUUUGCUUUAUUGACUAAUUAAGCACCCAAAUGUGUUUCACCGAAUCUGUUACCUACUUGACUUUAACAAUGCAGCUCGGGGUUCACUUACUUUUGCACAUACACUAAUUCCAUGUUUCAUGUAGUUUUUUGGCUACUCACACAAUUCCCUCUAAACAAGUACAUGCAAUUGAUAAACAUAAAGCUGACAUUUCAUAUAUGGAAAACUGGUGAUGAUAAAAUAGAAAAAUCAUGGUAAAGCAACAGAAAACUCAAACUGCUCAAGGGGUUCACAUACUUUCAAGCAGCACUGUAUGUAAAUGUACACAAAUGUUUAAUUCCAGUUUUUCUAUUUCUGUUGUCAUGAGAAAUAAAGAAAGUAGAUGAAUGUGUUGAUAUUUAUCAAAAAUUAAAACAAUUAGGCCCAUGUUUUACGAUAAUCAAUCCACUAGCAGUAAUAGUGCAAUUGAACAUUGUUGUCUGUUGUAUGUAUGACCUUAAACUUGAUAUACUUCCAGUUAAUUUUACAUGAAGUCACUUGAUAUGUUCAUACCAGUUGUCGUGGUAUUAUUUAAUUGUUUCCUACAUUUCUAAAUACUAAAAUAUGUCUGGGAUUUGACCCCGGUAAUUCUUUGGGUGUUUCAUUAUUAUGUCAUUGAUUGAUACGUCAUAUGUACAUAUCUGCAUCACAGGAUUUGUUCAAUAAGAAUAAGCCUGACGGAUAUUCCCGAAGACAUCAGAGGCAAAAAAUGUUAAGG